CAGACAACAAAAGCGGAAGAUGCUGCACUUGGGCAAGGUCAGGACCUUGCCCUGAAGCCGGGCGGCGGCGCGCACGCCUUUUCCCGGACUGAGGAGCUGUCGCUGGUGGCGGGUGCAUGUUCUCCAGGAAGCAGUCGGGCGCCGCGCCGUUCGGAGCUAUGCCUGUCCCAGACCAGCCUUCGUCCACCUCAGAGAAGACCAGCUCCCUGAGCCCUGGCCUGACCACCUCCAAUGGGGAUGGCUCAGAAACGGAAACCACCUCCUCCAUCCUCGCCUCGGUCAAAGAGCAGGAAUUACAGUUUGAGAGACUGACCCGAGAGCUGGAGGCAGAACGCCAAAUCGUAGCCAGCCAACUGGAGCGAUGCAAGCUUGGAUCAGAGACGGGCAGCGUGAGCAGUAUCAGUUCAGCAGAAGAGCAGUUUCACUGGCAAUCACAAGAUGGUCAAAAAGACAUCGAAGAUGAACUUACAACAGGUCUUGAGUUGGUGGACUCCUGUAUUAGAUCCUUGCAGGAAUCAGGAAUACUUGACCCACAGGAUUAUUCCACAAGUGAAAGGCCCAGCCUGCUCUCCCAGAGUGCACUUCAGCUCAAUUCCAAACCUGAAGGGUCCUUCCAGUAUCCGGCCAGCUACCAUAGCAACCAGACCCUGGCCCUGGGUGACACGGCCCCUUCGCAGCUCCCUGCCCGAGGCGCGCAAGCCCGAGGUGCGGCCCACGGCUUCAGCCAGGGCACCACGAGCCGCGCGGCGCACCUGGCGGGGCCCGAGCCCGCGCCGCCGCCGCCGCCGCCGCCGCGGGAGCCGUUCGCGCCCAGCCUGAGCAGCGCCUUCCACCUGCCCGACGCGCCGCCCGCCGCCGCCGCCGCCGCGCUCUACUACUCGAGCUCCACGCUGCCCGCGCCGCCGCGCGGGGGCUCCCCGCUGGCCGCGCCGCAGGGCGGCUCGCCCACCAAGCUGCAGCGCGGCGGCUCGGCCCCCGAGGGCGCCGCCUACGCCGCGCCGCGCGGCUCCUCGCCCAAGCAGUCGCCCAGCCGCCUGGCCAAGUCCUACAGCACCAGCUCGCCCAUCAACAUCGUCGUGUCCUCGGCCGGCCUGUCCCCGAUCCGCGUGACCUCGCCCCCCACCGUGCAGUCCACCAUCUCCUCCUCGCCCAUCCACCAGCUGAGCUCCACCAUCGGCACGUACGCCACCCUGUCGCCCACCAAGCGCCUGGUCCACGCGUCCGAGCAGUACAGCAAGCACUCGCAGGAGCUGUAUGCCACGGCCACCCUCCAGAGGCCGGGCAGCCUGGCAGCUGGGUCCCGGGCCUCGUACAGCAGCCAGCACGGCCACCUGGGCCCGGAACUGCGGGCCCUGCAGUCCCCAGAGCACCACAUAGACCCCAUCUAUGAGGACCGUGUCUAUCAGAAGCCCCCUAUGAGGAGUCUCAGCCAGAGCCAGGGGGACCCUCUGCCAUCAGCACACACGGGCACGUACCGCACGAGCACAGACCUGGUUAACCGUUUCUGUGAGCAGGUCCUCAAUUUUUUACUUUGUCCCUACUUUCCUGUCCUAGCCCCAUCUUCCCCCGGUGUCGACUCCGUCCCCUUGCAGCGCACAGGCAGCCAGCAUGGCCCGCAGAACGCCGCCGCGGCCACCUUCCAGAGGGCCAGCUACGCCGCGGGCCCAGCCUCCAAUUACGCAGACCCCUACCGACAGCUGCAGUACUGUCCCUCUGUGGAGUCUCCGUACAGCAAAUCUGGCCCCACCCUCCCGCCCGAAGGCACCUUGGCCAGGUCCCCGUCCAUCGAUAGCAUUCAGAAAGAUCCCAGAGAAUUUGGAUGGAGAGACCCAGAGCUACCGGAAGUGAUCCAGAUGUUACAACACCAGUUUCCUUCAGUCCAGUCUAAUGCUGCAGCCUACUUACAGCACCUCUGUUUCGGAGACAAUAAAAUUAAAGCCGAGAUAAGGAGACAAGGAGGCAUCCAGCUCCUGGUGGACCUGCUGGAUCAUCGGAUGACGGAGGUCCACCGUAGUGCCUGUGGGGCCUUGAGAAACUUGGUGUAUGGGAAGGCCAAUGACGAUAACAAAAUCGCCCUGAAAAACUGCGGCGGCAUCCCAGCACUGGUGAGGUUACUCCGCAAGACCACCGACCUGGAGAUCCGGGAGCUGGUCACAGGAGUCCUUUGGAACCUCUCGUCUUGUGACGCCCUCAAGAUGCCAAUCAUCCAGGACACCCUGGCAGUGUUGACCAAUGCCGUGAUUAUCCCCCAUUCGGGCUGGGAAAAUUCACCACUCCAGGAUGAUCGGAAGAUACAGCUGCAUUCCUCACAGGUGCUGCGAAAUGCGACCGGAUGCCUAAGGAAUGUCAGUUCAGCCGGAGAGGAGGCCCGCAGGAGGAUGCGGGAAUGCGACGGGCUCACAGAUGCGCUGCUCUACGUGAUCCAGUCUGCACUGGGGAGCAGUGAGAUCGACAGCAAGACCGUUGAAAACUGUGUGUGCAUCUUAAGGAACCUGUCAUACCGGCUAGCAGCAGAAACGUCUCAGGGACAGCACAUGGGCACAGAUGAGCUCGACGGGCUUCUCUGUGGUGAGGCCAACGGCAAAGAUGCAGAGAGUUCCGGGUGCUGGGGCAAGAAGAAGAAGAAAAAGAAAUCCCAGGAUCAGUGGGAUGGAGUAGGACCUCUUCCAGACUGUGCAGAACCACCAAAAGGGAUCCAGAUGCUGUGGCACCCAUCAAUAGUCAAACCCUACCUCACACUGCUCUCUGAGUGCUCAAACGCAGACACGCUGGAAGGGGCGGCAGGUGCCCUGCAGAACUUGGCUGCAGGGAGCUGGAAGGGCUGGGCUGAGGAUGUGGCAGGCAUGGCGUAUGCCCUACGUUCACUGCCAGAGGGGGCUCCCUGCCUGCCACAGUGGUCAGUAUAUAUCCGAGCUGCUGUCCGAAAAGAGAAAGGCCUGCCUAUCCUCGUGGAGCUGCUCCGAAUAGAUAACGACCGUGUGGUGUGCGCGGUGGCCACGGCACUCCGGAACAUGGCCUUGGACGUCAGAAACAAGGAGCUCAUUGGCAAAUAUGCCAUGCGAGACCUCGUCCACAGGCUUCCAGGUGGGAACAACAGCAACAACACAGCGAGCAAGGCCAUGUCAGAUGACACGGUGACAGCCGUCUGCUGCACCCUGCACGAAGUGAUCACCAAGAACAUGGAGAACGCCAAGGCCUUACGGGAUGCGGGCGGCAUCGAGAAGUUGGUUGGCAUCUCCAAAAGCAAAGGAGAUAAACACUCUCCAAAGGUGGUCAAGGCCGCAUCUCAGGUCCUAAACAGCAUGUGGCAGUACCGAGAUCUGAGGAGUCUCUACAAAAAGGACGGAUGGUCACAGUAUCACUUUGUAGCCUCAUCCUCAACCAUCGAGAGGGAUCGGCAAAGGCCCUACUCUUCCUCCCGCACGCCUUCCAUCUCCCCUGUGCGUGUGUCUCCCAACAACCGCUCAGCAAGUGCCCCAGCUUCACCUCGGGAAAUGAUCAGCCUCAAGGAAAGGAAAACAGACUAUGAAUCCACUGGGAGCAAUGCCACUUACCACGGGACUAAAGGAGAACACACUUCCAGGAAAGACACCAUGACAGCUCAAAACACUGGAAUUUCAACUUUGUAUAGGAAUUCAUAUGGUGCGCCCACCGAAGACAUCAAACAUAACCAGGUUCCAGCACAGCCAGUCCCACAGGAGCCCAGCAGGAAAGACUACGAGACCUACCAGCCGUUUCAGAAUUCCACGAGAAACUACGACGAGUCCUUCUUCGAGGACCAGGUCCACCAUCGCCCUCCCGCCAGUGAGUACACCAUGCACCUGGGACUCAAGUCCACCGGCAACUAUGUCGACUUCUACUCAGCUGCCCGUCCCUACAGUGAACUGAACUAUGAAACUAGCCACUACCCGGCCUCCCCCGACUCCUGGGUGUGAGGAGCGGGCGGCACGAGGCGCUCCGGGAACAGUGCAUGUGCAUGCAUACCACAAGACAUUGCUUUUUUUUUUCCUCCUGCAAAUUUAGUUUGUUCAAGCCUGUUCCGUAGGAAGGCUGUGAUAACCAGUAAGGAAAUAUUAAGAGCUAUUUUAGAAAGCUAAAUGAAUCGAAAGUUAACUCGGAAGUCAAUAGGAAGCUAAAACGAUCCUAAAUAUGACAUCGUGCAACACCUUUCUAGUUUGAGCUGUAGAGUAUAAAAAGUGCUUUAUAUUGAACGUGGCCGAAGGCAGCAGAGGAGACGGUCGGGGUGGUGGGGCGUGAAGGUUGCAGUUAAGCACAAGGGACAGUGUAGUUCACACACUUUAGAGGGACGGCUUCUCACGCUUUGUUUACUCUCUUCAUCCGUUGUGAUUCUAGGCUUCAAGUUGCAUUGGGGUUCCUCUGUACAGCAAGAUGUUUCUUGCCUUUUGUUAAUGCAUUGUUGUAAAGUAUUUGAUGUACAUUACAGAUUAAAGAAGAGAAGCGCAUUGUGUAUAUUACACCAUGCCGUGUUUCCUCAUCUAUGGUUCUAAAUAUUGCUUCAAUUUCAAACUUUUGAAAGAUGUAUGGAUUUCCAGUUUUUCUUUUCUUUUCUUUCUCCCAGUAUGUUUUAACAAAAAAAAAUGGGAAAAAAAGGAAUAUUUAGCAGUAUUGUUCGUUCUGAUAUGUGAAUUUGUUUGUGGCAAGUAAGCAAGGCAUUCAGCAGUUUCUGACAAUUAACAUACAUCAUUCCACACUCCUUGUCAACAAAGUGCUUUUUCACUGCCUAAAAUUUUAGAUGUAGAUAUUUGAAAUAGAUUUUUUCAUUUAUACCAGUUUUCUUUAUGAUGAUACAGUGUUAAAAGAAAAUAAAUUACAAUUGAUCUGUCA